CCCUCGGCGAAUCGUCCUCUCUCUGCGUCUUUUACCCUAAAAAGAGGCACUGCUUCUCCUCCAUAAGACCUUCUUUGUUCCUCACACUCUCUCAGGCCUCUCUGCCAGAGAGAGAGAGAGAGAGAGAGAGAGAGAGAAAACUUCUUACACCUGUUGUUGUGUGUCUCUCUGAUCGUUUUGUACACUGUUUUCCGAUUCUUUUUCCUGCAAAUUUUCAAUAGCCAGAGUUAAUACACGAACCCGCCUUCUGUUUUCACAGAUUUUGCCGAAGAAUCUGGUUUUAGACGUUUUUUUUGGGGAAAAGGUUCCAUUUUUGUGGUGAAUCGGAGUUUUCAUCAAUGGCACCGAGUUUUGAAUGUGCGGUAGUCUCAAGCCUACUUUGCGCCGAAGACGACAGUGUCUUCGACGACAAUAGCAUCUACGAGGCCACAAGCUUCCUUAGGAAUCGUCGAACGGAUAACCAUCGCGGCCGGAGCUUUUACGGCGGCGACGGAGACGGCAUCGCUCCGCCAUUUUCGGACAGCGAGGAAGGUCUGUCUUCGUUGAUUUAUAAGGAAUCUGAGCAUUUGCCGAGAGACGACUACUUGAAGAGACUAAGAAGUGGCGAUCUGGAUGUGGUGGCUAGAGCGGAAGCCAUCGAUUGGAUUUGCAAGGUUCAUGCCCAUUUUGGCUUUGGACCUCUCUGUGCAUUUUUGUCCGUAAACUACAUGGACAGAUUCUUGUCCUCGUAUGAAUUAUCUCAACUGAAGGGCAAAGCACAGAUAAUGCAUUUGUUGGCUGUGGCAUGUUUGUCCCUUGCUGCUAAAAUGGAGGAGACUGAUGUUCCACUCUCCCUAGAUCUUCAGGUGGGUGAGUCAAAAUUUGUGUUUGACGCAAGAACCAUACAGAGGAUGGAGCUUCUUGUGCUUAGCACAUUGAAGUGGAGAAUGCAAGCAGUGACCCCAUUCUCCUUCUUGGAUCAUUUCCAUUCCAAGAUCAAUGUUGACCAAUCUCUCCGAAGAUUCACAAUCUUGAGAUCCUGUCAACUCAUCUCAAACACACUCAAAGGGAUCCACUUCUUGGAGUUCAAGCCUUCAGAGCUUGCAGCAGCUGUGGUAAUUUCUUCUGCAGAGGAACAACUUCACGUUGCUUUGGACAGUGAAAAAGCACUCUCCAAUCUCUCUCCAUACGUCUCAAAGGCAAGGUUGUUGAAAUGUAAAGAACUGAUCAAAGGUCAGGGAUUAACCGGUUCCUGGUCACUCCAAUGUGCUCCGCAAAGCCCAAAUGGAGUGCUAGAAGCUGCUUGCUUGAGCUUCAGAAGCGAUGAAUCGUCCCUCGUGGGAUCACAAGACAGCAGCCCUGUCCCGAAACGAAGAAGGCUAGACCGAUCUUGUGAGAACCGACGCUGUAAUUAACGGGAAAUAAAAACAAAAGAACCGAGAAAAAGGACAGAGGAAAAUAAAGGAUAAGAAAAGGAUCAGUAUAUUCUUAUACGGAAUAACGUGGUUUGCCGUGAGGUUCGUGUUCGUCCAUGUUUGACGACGAAACCAAAGACUAUUGAGAACUACGAGGGGGCGGAAUUGGAACUUCUAAAAGUUUAGGUGAAAAACGAAUUUACUGAGAUUAUGCGGGGCUCAAAUGGAAAUAUGUUGGAAUUGGCGCGUAAAGGAAGGAGAUGGAAAUUUUGAGGUUGGCGCUAAAUUAUGUUUUGUUUUUUAAUAAUUAAAAUAAUUAUAUUUGUUUGAUAUCUUUGUUGUGUAGAUAAGGUUGAUAUUUAUAAUA